GCACGAGUACGUGGUUCCGAGAUCGAUACCUACAGCGGGAGCCAUAGUUGUGGAUUAUGAAAGAAGCGCGGGGUAUCACAAGAAGAAAAAGGAUUCGUUUGAGUAUUCGCGGAGUCUGUCGACCAAUGCGCGAGUGUGUCGAGUUAUCUUGGGGUGUGUGAUGGUGUGAGGAAAAGAAGUGCUUGUUUGGUGCGGCGGAGGGCCUUUUGUAGCGGGUGGUGGGCAGUUUUUCAGAUGCUCUUCUGGAACUUUCGAUCUGGCUCACCGGCCAACCAGGCGCUUCUACUCGCUUCGAGCAGCCUCUGCGGCCCACUCAGAGGCUGCGCGGGCCUGCGGCUGGGGCAAAGUGAUUUGUGGCUACGCUGCAGACGUGCGAUUGCAGGCCGCAUUCACCUACAGCCCGCCCAUCGCGCCCAAUUCCGUGCUGGUGCUCGAAAUUUCUCUGUAUCCCCCGCCCGCCGCGAUGACGAAAGGUUCAAAGGGAGCCCCGCCUGCCGCAUCUGGGCCGCUAAGCGAGCUCCCCGCCCUUGACAGCCCUACCGCCAUCACCUCGCCCGCUGGUAGAAAUUUAUCUGCCUAUCGAGACUCUCCAGGCAGUUUCCACAUGGCAUGAUGAUCGGCUUCUCAAUCAUGAGAGUACGACCUGGCCGCACGGUUUGCAAGUGCAUGA